UAGGUCUCCAGACUUAUUGUGUAAGCGAUUGAUGGUUGGGUAUUGAGGCUUGUAAAGCGUCUGGAAAAAGUCCCCUUGCAUCUGCGCCCUUGGUGGGCGGACUUUUACCUCUGAGUCCGCCUUGAUUGCUGCUUGCUAAUUAGCACCAACGAACCAGACCCCCGCUACCAGGGCUUUGUGGUUUGCACCGCCUGGUGCUCUCCGAAGAUAAAUGGGCUGUUACACUACUACGGCCCUCGUUCCGUACUUGGUUCACGAAAUCCACCUUCGCUCGACUCAUUUAAACGUCUCCUUGGGCUGUCGUCCAUAUACCUACGAAGUAGUUGAUAGACCUAAUCAAAUGCGAUCAUGGGCCUUCCCCGGCGGACACCUCGAGAUGGGCGAGUCCAUUUUCGCCUGUGCCGAGAGAGAGACUCUAGAAGAGACUGGACUACGGGUCAAAGGAGUCAGAAUAGUCGCCGUGACGAAUGACGUUUUCGAUGCCGCAUCAAAACAUUACGUUACUAUGUUUGUUCAGUGCACCAUGGAGGACGCGAAGGCCCAGCCCAAGACUAUGGAACCCGAGAAGUGUGAAGGUUGGUAUUGGGUGAGCUGGGACGAGAUACGGCAAUGGAGCCAACAUCAUGAUGACACAGCGCCGGAGUGGGCCGAUAAAAAGUGCUUCCUGCCUAUAAGGAAUUUGGUGAAGGAUCAUGCGGGCUUGGACGUUUCAUUGUCAAUUAGGUAGUCAACAGCACCCACAACGAUCUGAUCGCAUCUGCAUACCGUGCCCGAGCAGAUCUUUUCGAACCAAGAUUG